AUGGCUUUAGGAGUAUUGUGGGAAAUGGAGUCCACAACAUCUGGAAUGGAAAAGGUUGCUUUACCCCCGGUUCGGACUCAUGCCCACCAGUAUCUCCAGUGGUACCCCACAGCACAGAGCACGUUACAAACGCACGCCCUUGUUGGCCACAUUGCAGAUAUGGUGAAGGUUGUGGUGGACCCCACAGCUCAGGGCAUGUCACCAGACACUCAUGACCCCAUCGGCCACAUGCUGCACAAGAUGAUACCAGUGAUUGGUUUAGUUCUCCUGAUCCUACCUUGUAUUUUAUCAAGAGAGCGUUUUAUAACAUCCUAUGGUGGGAUUUGCACAUCACCAUGUGGCCUACAUGGUGAAUCAUAUUACUGGUGCUGGCAGAAAGGCUAUUCUAAAUCUUCAUGGGACUAUUGUUCCCCAGCAGAAAAAUAUGAUUACAAAUAUAAUCCAUGUCAGUCAUCCUGUAAGUCUGAUGGAAAGAGCUAUACAUGGUGCUCAGUCUCACAGGGAAGUUGGGGCUACUGUGGACGUAUCACAGAACAGUUUGAGACAUGGUAUACAAGAUAUGACGUACAAUGUGUAACUGACUGUAAUAAACAUGGUGAUUAUUUUCGAUGUUUAGAUUCAAAUGAUAACCGUGAGUAUUGUUCUCCAUCCAACCAUGUGACUAGAAAAGGAAAGCCAUGUCGGGAAAAUCACCCUUGUGGUUCCUAUGGAAAAUCUUAUUUGUGGUGUUACACAGAUGAAAAUAAUAACUGGGAUUACUGUGGGAAAAAAAUUAUUGACUGUGAAAAGUCUGUUUAUUUUUCCCAUCGAAAAAAACGUGCGCGUGAAGAACAUGAAGUCUGCAGAAUAGAAAACACUGCACACAGACGUGUGAUACUUCUCAGAGCAAUUCCAGAAACCAGAUUCCUUAGUCCAACCCGAAAUCAAUAUAUGGACGCUUCCCAAGUUAUCGACAUGUUAACUCCCAAUACUGUCUUUAGAAGAGGCACACUGUUGACUCACAAUACUGUAAGACUUGAUAUGCAAGGAGAGUUUGUGAGUGAAGGUGUUCGGUAUUAUAACCUACAAGUACAAUUAAAUGGUCAAAGACAAGGCCAAUCAAGUUUUUCCCAAGCACUCAUCCCUGUAGAUAUGGACGUUUCCAUUUUUUUGGACUCUAUACAAACAGCCCUGCACACUAGUUUGGAUAGGGUUUAUCAUGGAGAUCCAGUAAAAGUUUUUGCAUUCAUUCAACGGAUGUAA